AUGGAAGCUAACCUACAUCCCGCUGCCAACAAGGUAUGUGCAAUCAUCUCUCUUUAUGCUUAUCAGUUCUUUAAACGGACGCCGUUUUUCUCUCCCGUUUUCUAA